GCGAGUGCGUGUGCGUGACGCACGCCUAAGAAGAGAUACCAUGUGGCGGAGGGACCGAUACUACACGGCAAGGCAUCUUCGCUCCGUGAUCUCCGGCUACGAGAUUUUCGGAUCUGUCGCGUCUGGUCCGACGACCGGCUCGGUUUAGUCACGUCGGAUUCGUAAGGAAGGAAGUCGCGCUGCCGGUUAAAGAUCGACCUCCUUCCUCCCAUCGGGUUUCGCUGGAGCGCCGAUUUGGAGUCUCUUAUACAAGUUGAGUGCGGGAUUUAUCUCUUUAUUUUCUCGUCGUUUCCGCAAUCUCUGUCUUCGGAAUAAAAGUGCGUUCAAAUGCGCGACCGUCGAGUCCAUUGACGUGAAGCAUCUCGUGCUCCGAAAUCUCUCGAUUCAGCUUUCGAAAAAUCGAAUCUUCUAUCUUCAUGAUUGAGAUUGCUCAAACUGUGGACUCGGUCAUCCGAUAUACGAAGAAUUCGCGGAAAACCGGGCAACGAUAGAGUGAAUUGACUAAACUUAAAUAACGAGCGACGAGGGAGGAAUCUGUCCAGCGGUUCUAGAGAAUCGGGGCGGAAAUUCCGCGUCUCGGGACGAAAUCGAUCUGGAACGACUUGGACAAAGUUAACGAGAAAGUUGAAGGAAGAAGAGUUAACUGUACCGAAUAUAUAUCGAGAAACGUCCGUGUCCUCGCUGGGACCAGCGACUCAUAUCUUUCCCGGAAAAGAAGCGACAGUUAAAUGGGAUAGAGAAAAGAGCGUUUUCGCAAUUUUACGAGUAUCUUUAGCGUCAGUCAGUUUCACCCUUGGUCGAUUUCUUCAUCUAUUGCAACCGCUGCUGCAUAAUUUCAAAGGAUCUAUCUUCUGAAUAUUAAUAUUUGACGAAUACAUAAUCGUUUGAUGGGGAAUCUGAUGAUGCGAGUGAUUAUGCACGUACGCCACUCGAGGGGGAAAUUCAAUUAAAUCGCCGCAGAAUACAAUUUCGCUCGUGAUGAGGUCGCGCGAGAUCGAACGCGUGGACGAUCGGUGCGUUUUCGCUUCGGGCGAUCGAUUAGAGUGACGAGUCCGUUUCUUCUCGACGAAACUUCGUGAAAUGAUGACCCUCGUGACGGACGCGGUGCCCUACGCCUACGAAGCGGCCGCGAGAACGCCCUACGACGGUUACCGUCAUCACUUGCAUCAUCAUCAUCACCAUCAUCAUCAUCCUCACCCUCAUCGGUAUCGGCGCGUUUACGCGCCAACGGAAUCCGAGUAUCUGCAGGAGGGAUACAUCGCUACUCAGGUGGAUACGGACGAUCGCGCGAGGCUUAUCGGCAAUAAUGCCCUGGUGUCAGCCGGCUCGUUGAAUUAUCGCAACGACCGAAUCAGAUCGCAGUCCCGCUACGCCCUCGAUUCGGACGACGCUUCGUCAGUGAUAUCGGCGGACGCUUCGGCCGACCUCGAGUCCGGUUCCGCGGACGCCGACGAGAUAAACGAGACUAGCGAGACCAACGAGACGAACGAGAGCGAGUCGAUCGAGCACGUGCCGCAUCCGCACGUUUUGGACGCCGGUUCGCCGCAUGGUCCACGCAGAUGCCUUCUGUGGGCCUGCAAGGCUUGCAAGAAGAAGACGGUCACCGUCGAUCGGAGGAAAGCCGCCACUUUGCGCGAGAGACGGCGCUUGAGAAAGGUCAAUGAGGCCUUUGAAGUGCUUAAGAGGAGAACGAGCAACAACCCUAAUCAGCGUUUACCGAAAGUGGAGAUACUGCGGAAUGCAAUCGAGUACAUCGAGAGUCUCGAGGCGCUACUGCAGGGAAAUCGGUCCCCCGGACAUCAGGAUCACCCUUCCGCCGAGAAUAUGAAUGGAGAAUCGUCGCAGUACGUGACAGACAGACUUCGGCAAUUCUCGGAUCCUUUGGCGAGGUUUCAACCAAUUAACGGUUUCGAGCAAACCGAGCAAGCGUUAUCCUCGCAAAAUAACGGCAGUAGCUUGGAUUGUCUCAGUAUGAUCGUGCAAAGCAUUAAUGGACCGUUACAAUCGUCAUCGGAGAAUCAUUAUUCACCGCAUCACUGAAGUUGCAAUAUCGAGUCUUGCUGAUCCCUCUUUGGCUCAAGCCCUCCUUCUUAGCCUUUACGGCAGCAAAAUGUACGUCACUCGAAUUUUCAAUUUAACGUGCAUAUAUACAUAUACAUAUAUGGUCAAAGAUCUGACCCUUUUCGAAAUAAUUCUAUCGUAUUGCACAGGAUGUUUCGAAAAUCGUUAAAAGUGUACUUUUAGCGACUUGCAGAAAGAUGAAGAUGAAUGACGGAGAUGUUGACAAUAGUAAGUUAGGUGGCUGUUUAUUUAUAAUUAAAAGAAAUAUAAAAAUAUAUAAAUAAAGGAGAGGAAGACAUUUUGCGUCUCUAAACUCGAGGAAUUCCUAGUGGAGAAGAAGCGUUCGAUUUUUGAAACAUCGUAUACAUUUUAAUCGGUCGCACGAACGCGCGAUGGAUUUUUGUCGAAGCAAAAAUCACGUACAUCUCUCGAGCGAUUAAAUUGAUAUUCAACGAAAGCCGUACAAAGUAAUAUAGAUUUCCGAUUAUCCGUCGUCAAAUCUAUGCGAAAUAUUGGAAACGCCGUGAGAAAUAGUAUAAAAAAUAUUUUAUCUAUACAUAUAUACCAAAGAAGAAAUAUUUUAAAAGAUAAAUUCUAGAUUUUCUUCUCCCUUGGCGAGAACUUAGCUUAAUAUUAAUUAUAGUAGUUAUUAUAAAAGAACGCAUGAUGAAAAUUUAUAGCGGAGUAAGAACUCGUUAUGAGGCCGAUAUUUAAAUAUUUGGAAUGAAGAAAAACGCUAUUGAAAACAAAAAUGCGUUUUAUUUCCAAUAGGGGAUUCAUAGAUUUUUAAAAGAUUAAUUUCUUUCUUUUUUUUACUCGUCCCUAUUUUUUGGCGAUAUUAAUUUAGAACAAGCGCGAGAAAUGCAGAGCGAUGUAAUUGCCAGAAAUAUUUUUUGCGCUUUCGUACUUUUCGUAUUUUUCUUGUUAUCUCUGCAAUACUUGUAUAGAUGAAGCAUACUACUGUUAUUUUCAAAAUUAAUCUUUAUCCUUACAACUGCAAUGUAUUCUUCUCUUGAUAUAGAGUUUCUUCCUCAUUAAAUGUACAAAAUUAUCUUUCCUUGCAUAUGCGUUGUUUUGCAUUUCAAUUCGAAAAUUAUGGAUUUAAAUCGUGAUAUUUUAGCGUAAAAUACCUUACAAUUAAUUUUGAAAAAUAUUAAGGGAGACACGCUCAAGAAAAUCGUCGGAACAAGCCUUCUCAUGUGCUUGCGAGAUGUAUCGAUUGCGUGGAGUAUCUAUCUAACCGAGUUUCUCAUCGAUAUCAAUAAUGUAAAUAUGCGGAAACAAUAAAGAGGAACGAAGAAACGGA